CUGGUGCUGCAGAGGCUGCGGGCAGCUUCGCAGCCCAGCGCUCAACCGCUGUGCCACCAGGGGAGGUCCUCAUUAGAGAAUCUUAAAACCUUUGUGCUUGAGGGUCUGUGUGUGUAAUCCAGCUAGAAACUGAAUUUAGAUGCCACGUAUUGCCCAUCCUACUCCUGGCACCCCCUCUUCCAUGACAUCUGUUUAUGGAAGAAAACAGGAGUUUGGGCAUGUGGCUUAGGGACUGAACUGGACUCUUAUGAUCUGUCACAUGGCUGGAUGGUAGGGAAGCACUUGGCCACACUCAUAUGACUGGACCUGCGCUAGGGAUUUUAAGGGCAGACGGGAAAUGGUCGUCAGGCGUCCUGCCGGCUCAGUCCCAGGACAGCAGCAGUCACGUGCGGCUCCCUCAUGGCACUGAUUAAAGUGCUGUCCUAAAUAGUUAGCGAUGCUGUUUUUGGUUACUUCUAGAACUGGUUCCAUCUGAUCAUGUCCUCCCUCAGCAAGCCAUGUUAGGGGGUACAACUGUUCCCUGCCUCAAGGCGAUAACUUUUAGCCAACAAGUUUCCAAAUACAAAUGAUUUUUAGCCUAUGGCCACCUUUAUCCAUACUUUUCUAGCUUUUCAUGUGAGGAUCAAACAUUUGAAAACAGGUUUCAAGGCUAGAGAGAUGAGUAAUAUCAGGAAAAGCAGGGAAAAUAUGUAAUGCCCCCUAAUAGAAGACGACCAGAGCUGUGUCCUAUUUAUCCAUCAAAGAGAGUGACGUGUUUUGAGGUCUCUGUGUUUCCUCAAAGCCGUCAUGUGAAACUAGAUUCCCAGCAGCUUCUCUCUGGCGAAUAAUCCCUCCUGUCGCCACACGCCUCCUCCCUUACCCCCUUUUUUUCAGCAUUUCUUUCCCCGCCUCCUUCCCUAUCCAAAUUUUCCAGCCAACAGCUGGAGUUGACUUCCUCAAUUCUGAUGGAAUAAAUCCAGCCCUGCAGCCGUCCGCCCGCAUUAGCCACUCAUGCGGAAACCAGCUCGAGAGCAGCUCCCUGACGGCAGGAUGUGGUGGCUUAAGGUUCUGCUGCUCCUGCCCGUGGUGAGCUCUGCUCUGUAUCCUGAGGAGAUGCUGGACUCUCAUUGGGAGCUAUGGAAGAAGACCCACCAGAAGCAGUACACCAGCAAGGAGGAAGAAAUCUCUCGGCGUCUGAUUUGGGAAAAAAACCUGAAGCAUAUCUCCACCCAUAAUCUGGAGGCCUCUCUGGGUGUACAUACUUAUGAGCUGGCCAUGAACCACUUGGGGGACAUGACCAGCGAAGAGGUAGUCCAGAAGAUGACUGGGCUCAAAGUGCCACCCUCGCGUCCCCGUGGUAACGACACCCUCUACAUCCCGGACUGGGAAGGGAGAGUCCCAGAUGCCAUCGAUUAUCGAAAGAAGGGAUAUGUCACUCCUGUCAAAAACCAGGGCCAGUGUGGCUCCUGCUGGGCCUUCAGCUCUGUGGGCGCCCUGGAGGGCCAGCUCAAGAAGAAAACCGGCAAACUCUUAAACCUCAGUCCUCAGAACCUGGUGGACUGUGUGUCCGAGAACGACGGCUGCGGCGGCGGUUACAUGACCAACGCCUUCCAGUACGUGCAGAAGAACCGGGGCAUUGACUCGGAGGACGCCUACCCAUACGUGGGCCAGGACGAGAGCUGUAUGUACACCCCGACGGGCAAGGCAGCGAAAUGCAGAGGGUACAGGGAGAUCCCUGAGGGGAGUGAGAAAGCCCUGAAGAGGGCAGUGGCCCGGGUAGGACCCAUCUCUGUGGCCAUUGACGCGAGUCUCACCUCCUUCCAGUUUUACAGCAAAGGCGUGUAUUACGAUGAAAACUGCAACAGCGAUAACCUGAACCACGCGGUGCUGGCCGUGGGGUACGGGGCCCAGAGGGGAAGCAAGCACUGGAUAAUUAAAAACAGCUGGGGAGAGAACUGGGGAAACAAAGGCUACAUCCUCAUGGCUCGGAAUAAGAACAACACCUGUGGCAUUGCCAACCUGGCCAGCUUCCCCAAGAUGUGACCUCACCCGCAAACCCAGUCUGGCUUUUCCAUUCUUUCCACCGUGAUGCAACGUGCUAGUGUAUUUUGGAAGGGAGCUCGUGUGCCUCUCUUGAAGCAGAUGUGAUACAGAGAUUGUCCGUUCCAUUCCCACAUUUGUUUAUGCUCUGGGUGACACUGCUGUCCUUCCAAAUAAGACCAUUGUUUUUCACUGUGGACACACUGCCAAUCUCCCUAACAGGUGCGGAUUCUUGGUCUAAGAGAUCUGACCACAGCCUGCCCUGGCUGUGUUUCUCCUGUUGGAGACUGAGGCUGAGCUGACAGUUGGGGACUGGAGAUCUCAGCUGGGCUAGACUCUCAGCCACAGGGGCUGGCCAGCUCCACCAUGCUGGAGGACUCAGGUGACCUCAGUCUCCAAGUUCACUUUGAUAUCCUCAAAGAUUUCUCUUCUCCACCCCAAUUCAUGAAGUUACUCAUGUAUCUUUGGUGCAAGUAUAUGAAGCAAGAAAUGUGUUUUCCUUUUCCUUCUUUGCAUCUUUAAAGUAAACCAAAUAUUUACCUCUUAUCUAUAAUUUAAUAAAUAGCUGUUUAGUAAACAUUCAUUUCGUGUCAGAUACUCUUAUGUGCUGGAGACAAAAAGAGGAAUGAAACAUGCAGCCUGUUCUUGCUGUGCUCACAGUUUAUUUG